AUGAUAAGACAUAGAUAUAAAGUCAUACCCACUUUGUUAACCCUUAUUCGAUGCGCCUCGAGGCGUCUAGGUCCUCGCUGCGAUCUCCUUCGCGACUGGAUUUUCGUAAUCUAUCCUUCGUUCUCAUCAUAUCGUGUGGGCGCUUGUGGGCGCAUAUACUCAACGGACUCUGGAGCCACUGGUCUCCUUGCGUUUGGGUUUGCCUCUAUCACGAUCGUUGUCGUUCGAUCCGAGCAUCCAGCUUUUGCGCUAAUCACAGCGUGUCGACACCGAUUUUUUACUGCUGACUCACAAAGUCAUCAUCACCUCGAGCUGAUUCAUCGACGCUGCCGGUUACCUCAUCGGCAUGGCUCAACGCAAUAUGUAUCCGGAAUAUCCAAAGCCUUCCAUUGUCCGGCCUGCGACCGCAACAUGAAGGGAGCACAGCAUGUCACUGGUAGACCUCUCCGCUCGCAUAAUGAGCGAAGGGGUGCACCAGCCGACCUGCAGCCGGAGGGGGCUCCGGUUCUUCCUGGACAUGUCCGCUGCGAGCUGUGUGACAUUGCCGUCGGCGACGACCUCUGGGCGUCCCACGUCGCCGGGCCUGCUCACAAGCGACGAGAGAACUUGGUUGCUUAUAAGUCUGCAUUCGAUGAGGCUGCUAAGGGCAAGCAUGGAGUGACGGUCUCUCAUGAUGAAUAUGGUGUUGAUUUUGGUAUCGUGGAAGUGCAGGACGCAGAAAGAGGUGUGAGUGUGGAGCUCAAGGUCCAGAUGAUCGAUCCUUCGUCCAGAAUCAAAAUGAUGGACCUCAAAUUAUCUUCAACCACGUCUCCUUUUGCAACCACGUCUUCCUUCACAUCAGCGGCUUUCGGUCCUUCUCUCUUGCAGAAUGGUCGUGACUCUGGUGUAUGUGUCACAUUCCAGCAAGCUUUGCGCGGGCGCUAUCAAGACCGGCUCGAAAUUACUUUCGAAGAUCUCAGCCUUCGUCAGCGUUUUAUAAUCGCUCGGGCACUCAAGGUCGUCGUAGGAAGCAAGGCAGAUUAUGAGGUUCUCAAGCCCGUUGCUCCCUAUGUGCCUCGGAAGCCCGUCAGGCGCACACCGGAGACUGAGAUUCUGUCAGGCGAUCCGCCACCCGUCCUUACUGCAAUAAAGUGGGUCGCCACGCUCCCGUUGGCGCUGAUACCAAGGCUCCAGAGAACCGUGUUGCCACCAUCCAUGAACGCAGAUACUUACUCUCGUCACUCUAAGGCCCUGCUUUGGACUGAAGAACACCGAAUGGAAAAUGACCUCCAGACCUACGAUAUGUACAACGCUCUGCUUGACCGACAUGGCGCAUAUUACUAUUUGAGAGUUCCAGGGCUUGCAGAAAGGCGUCCAAGUGUCCUGACGGGCGAUUCUAUCAUUGUUCAAAGUCAUGGCGCGGAUCGAGGGAAAUGGUUUGAAGGCCGCGUUCACUUCGUUCGACGAGAGGAAGUUGGACUCAAGUUCCACAACUCGUUUUUGAGCAUUGAUAGGGACCGGCUUUAUUAUGUGCGCUUCAGAUUGAACAGAAUCCCAUUGCGACGGCAGCACCAGGCUCUAGAUACAGCAAUGGCUCCAGAACACUUGCUGUUUCCUAUCCAGAAACAUGUUCAUGCGAGGGCACGCGACACAAUCAAUAUCACUCCGUACAACAAGAUCAUCACCAACAAUUCUUCUCAGCUAGACGCUGUGAAGGCCAUCAUAAAUCGCCCACUAGGCUCCGUUCCCUUCAUUGUUUUUGGCCCGCCAGGAACAGGCAAAACCAUCACCAUCGUGGAAUCCAUCCUUCAAGUUUUGCGUGCUAACACCGAAGCAUGUGCACCAAGCAACUCUGCCGCUGAUCUUAUAGCAAGCAAACUCAUCUCCUUGGAACUGAGAAGCUCUUUCGCUUCUAUGCUCCCAGUCGAGAUAAAGAAGAUGUCCCAGAUGACUUGCUCCCGUUUACAAGCACCAACAGCGGCGGCCAUUUCUCUAUGCCUCGAAUGCUAUUUCUGCGACGAUACAGGACGAUGUCCGAUUUGGAGACGAACGUUGUGCUGUCUGGAGAUCCGAAGCAGCUUGGACCUAUCAUUCGAUCCGCUGUCGCGCGACACCUUCAGCUAUUUGGAAAGGCUCAUGAAUCGGGAUAUCUAUGACCUGAAGAAGGGUCAUGGAAUGACGAUUGUGAAAUUGACCAAGAAUCAUCGUUCGCACAAUGCCAUUCUCAAAUAUCCCAACGAACGUUUCUAUUCCAAUGAAUUAGAGUCGUGCGGCGACAAGGGCACGGUAGAUUCUUUUCUUGGCAGCCCUCUACUUGUUUCCAGCAAGUUUCCAGUCGUCUUUCAUGCCAUGUCAGGCAAAGAUGAUCGGGAGGUGUCGUCUCCCUCGUUCUUCAACAUCGAAGAGGUUUUACAAGUCGAAGCUUACGUCCAGGCUUUGCGCUCUGAGAGACAAUUUCGCGUCGCGGAUCAAGACAUCGGCAUCAUAGCGCCUUAUCACGCUCAAUGCCUGAAAAUCCGUAAUUCUCUCAGGGCAUUUGCUGAUGGGAUCAAGGUCGGGAGCGUUGAGGGAUUCCAGGGCCAAGAGCGUCGCGUGAUCAUCGUCUCCACGGUGCGCAGCAGUAUAGACUUUGUCGAGUAUGAUCUCAGACACACCCUUGGAUUUGUUGCAAAUCCCUGUCGUUUCAAUGUCGCGAUAACCCGGGCACAAGCUUUGCUCAUCGUUGUCGGUGAUCCUUAUGUCCUUUCCCUGGAUCCCUUAUGGCGCUCUUUCUUGAACUAUGUUCACAUCGACAAAGGAUGGAGGGGUAUUCCAAUCCCAUGGGACCCGCUGGAGCCCGUUCGGGACAACGGCGGCUAUGGUGCUGAGCUGCGCGAGCUUGGCCUAUCUGACAUGAAUGGUUCCACUCGUAGGAUGGAAUCGUUGACUCUGGGGAGCAUCGAUGAUAUUGACGAGGCCGGGGCAAAUGUCGGUAGACCUUGGAGGGAGGCCGAAUGA